UUAUCGCGCCCGAAGAGUGAUUAGUGUUUUGCAUCAUAAAAACGUUGACAACUAUAAAUAAAUUACUAUUUUACGGUAUUUUUAAAAUAGAAAACCUAUUGCUGCCAUUUGUGGAACAUUUCAACUGAUUUAAUAGCGAAAGUUGCUCAAAACUACGGUGUGUGUUCGUUUACCUUUCAAAAAUGGGUCAAUUUUUAAUUACCAGUUAAUUAAUCGUCUCUGCAAAUUGAUUUUCUUGAGCUACCAACUGUGAAAUAAUGGCAUCUCUAUGGGUCGGUUCAGAAACAGAUUUGCCCACUUUGCAGAAGUGCAGAAUGGCAGAUAGGUUAGAAUUUCGGUUGACCUGUUUACACAAUAAAAAGCAUCUGGACCAAGACAACAAAUUUGAGUUAAUGGAAAGCAAAUCUUUGGAAGAGGAUAGUGAAAUUAGCAGAAGACAAAGUCGAUCAGGAACUUGGCCGAGAACCAGAUCUUUGAACGCACCAUCACCUGUUCAACAAUUUGGACCAUGUGGCCGAAUAAUGAAAAAUUCUUCUAUGGUCAUGACCAUACAAGAUCCUGCUAGUCAAAGACUGACUUGGUACAAACCACCUUUAACAGUACUUGUGAUAAAAAAAGUUCGAGAUGCGAGCGUAUAUUCACCAUUUGUUCAACUUGUCCAAUGGCUCAUCAAUGAAAAACGAAUGGUCGUGUUCGUGGAAGCAUCCGUAAUGGAGGAUAACCACUUAGAAAACUAUAAGUCGUUCGCGAACAUCAAAGAAAAACUGAUGACUUUCAGAGAUGGCAAAGACGAUCUCACCGACAAAAUAGAUUUCAUAAUUUGUUUGGGAGGCGACGGAACUCUUCUCUACGCCAGCCAGUUGUUCCAGCAAUCAGUUCCUCCAGUAAUGGCAUUCCAUCUUGGCUCUCUAGGUUUUCUCACACCAUUCCAGUUCGAAAAUUUUCAAGAACAAGUUAAUAAUGUUCUCGAAGGUCACGCAGCUUUAACGUUAAGAAGCCGUUUGAGGUGUAUAGUGAUGAAAAAGGGCGACGGUCAAAACAAAUCAAAUGACAAGCCAACUAAAGUUCCUACAAACGUUUUGGUAUUAAAUGAAGUAGUUAUUGAUAGGGGUCCCUCACCUUAUUUAUCAAAUAUAGAUUUAUUUUUGGAUGGUAAACAUAUAACUUCAGUACAAGGCGAUGGUCUAAUCGUCAGCACACCAACCGGAAGUACCGCAUAUGCAGUAGCAGCAGGGGCUUCGAUGAUCCAUCCCAGUGUACCUGCGAUUAUGGUAACUCCGAUUUGUCCUCAUUCCCUUAGUUUUAGGCCAAUCGUGGUUCCUGCUGGAGUAGAGCUUAAAAUAUCAGUGUCUCCAGACAGUCGAAACACUUCAUGGGUAUCAUUUGAUGGAAGAAAUCGGCAAGAGCUCGUACAUGGAGACAGUUUAAGAGUAACAACGUCGAUCUACCCAGUUCCCAGUAUAUGUGCUCAGGACCAAAUCUCAGAUUGGUUCGACUCGCUGGCAGAGUGCCUUCACUGGAACGUCAGGAAGAGGCAGAAACACUUGGACGAACUAAAUGACCUCACGCAUUCAAGCUCCAACGAUACCUUAGAUUCCAUAGAAAGGGACGUCUUAGAAAAGGAAGAAAAGUCAUAAAAAUGUUUUGUUUUCAGUAAAUCGUUCGGAAAGGGAAUCAUGUGCACAAAUUUUUAAAUGUUUACAACUUUUAUCAGUUUUAUUACGUUUUUAAGAGCAAUUUUAAGCGGUUAAUAAAGACAUAUUUUGAUUAUACUUUCUCAUAUGUGUUUUAUACAUAUGUUUUGUUAAAUUGGACACUGAUGAAUAAAAAUGUUGCGUAAAAUGUAAUGUUUAAGGUUCUAGAUAUAAUAAUGGUUACCAUUGAAUGCUGGAUAUCAAAUAAUUGAUAUCCGUGCCAAAAGUUUUUUAGAUUCGAAAACUUUUCAUUUAGGUUUUUAGACAAUCACCAAAAAAUACAUUGGACUCAAAGUUUCUGUAGUAUAUAAAGAAAAAUGCUUACAGUUGAGUCCCCGAGUCUUUACCCGUGCGUCAUUAUUUAAAGCAUACGAAAUAAGUCGGAAAUUUACUAAAGGCAACAGUAAGUGACAGAAAGUGGCUAUUAUUCCGAUCACGGGUUAUAGUAUAAAAUUUGACGUUAUCAAAUAAAUAGAAUGUCAAAUUUAAGUUUUGCUUUAAAAUUUUGGUGCAUAAUUACAGCUACAUUUGAAGUAGCUUAAUAAAUUAUUUUAUUAUCAUUGAUUAAUAAAUAAAUAAACAAUUUAUAAAAAAAGUCGGAUAACAUAUUUUCUUUUUGUUAUUUUACUCACUUUGGCGGAAUAUUAAACACAAGCAUUCCUUAACUGUGUCAACGAUGAGGUUAUUUGUACGUUGUCAAAAUUUAUCGUAAAAUAACAUAAACUUAUCAUAAAAUUUCUAAUCAAGUAUAUUCAAAUGGGAAAUAAGCCACAAUUUUACCUAAAAAUGAUUUUAUUAACGUUUUUAAGUCGUCUACUUUAAAAUGUAUAAUACGUGUCUGAAUUGCCGAUAUAAAUGAGUCAGAUUAAAUAAAUUAUUAGAAGAAUUUUUUACUAAGCAACAACAUUUUUAUUUAUUUAGUAUUAUUUUGUAUUUUGACAACGACACCCGACUUGGGCGUCGAAACGUUAAUAAAAUCAUUUUUAGGUAAAAUUGUGGCUUAUUUCCCAUUUGAAUAUACUUGAUUAUAAAAAUGCCACAAGAAAAUAGCUUCAGAACAACAUAAAAUUUCUAACUCCAAUAUAAAAUUAGUUGUGAAACCAACUGUUUGUAUACUAUAAAAAACUUCAAAAUGCAAAAAUUCGACAAAAUAACAGCAAAAAAUUCGACAAACUGACAGCCACAAAAGUAAACAAACCAAAACGUCAGAAAUUGUACUUAAAAUAUGUGAAAACAUCCCCAAUCGUCUUUCUUUGUACUUAUCUCUUUUCAAUGCACUGAGUCUAGAUCGUUCAUAAAAUUAACAUGUGUUUUUACUUAAUAACAGGCGACAGCUGGUUUGUCAUUAGUUUCAUGCGUGGAAGAGAAUGAUGCUAGAUAAAAAGUAUGUGUUUUAUCUCGCCAGGUAUUAAUGACGCACGGGUAAAGACUCGCGGACUCAACUGUACAUUAUUGCCUCUACUGACUAAGAAAAUCUAAUAAGUUAAUCAUCAUCAUCAACAGUUAUUCCAUCUAUCGUAAGAUGUAAGCGUUCCUUAGUACUUCUUAAUUCAUUGCUGUUCGUUAUUUUUUGCAUCUAUUCGUGACCAGCCAUUGGCUUGAUGACAGUCCAUCUGGUUUGAAGUCUGCCUCUACUUCUCUUAUUUAAUUGGCACAUCUCAGAUCUUCAGGUUUUCGCCUGUAUCGUCACUCCUUUAUUUGCCCAUUCUAAAGUUCGAAAUAGAUCUUCUAGAGCUAAAGUAAAUAGGAAUUAGGAGAAAAAUAUAAACAUUUUUCUAUACUUAUACCCUGCUUCUUCUUCUUCUUAAGGUGCCGAGACCGCUUGUCGAUCGUUGGCUCUCAUGUUGCCCAGCAUAUUAAUAAUCAUUGUGUUUUUUACCCUGCUAUACAUAUCUUAUUUGGAUCGGUCUGUACUAUUACUGUAUAUAUACAGCGUAUUAUGCCUGUGGGUUCCCUCUCUAUCCCAACAGGCGUUGUCACUUCACACACAUCUUAUGGAAAAUAUAAUGUCACUCAAAUUCAAUAAAAUGUAUACGAGUGGAUUCGUUUUAAAUUAACGGUCAAUUCUUAUCAUUGCGCCAACUCUUAAUUAUGAUUAAUUACGGCGCAAAUUGCAAUUAAGGUUUAUCGAAAUCACAUUUUUGGAGUCUAUAAACGUGUCAGUUAUAAUCACUAUUGCUCUGGGUGCUAUUCAAAACAGCUUAAACCCCGCUGGGCCUAAGCGGAUUAGUGAAACUAUUAUAAUAAGAUGCUUAAUAGCCCGAGAAGAUUUAUGAAGUACAUACCUAUAAUUUGGGUAUUUUAAAAUAUUUUUUCUCUCUCUAACUUAUGUACAGCUGGUUCCUAAAAAAACUGAUACGACUCUUAAAGCGUAUUUUGUAGAAAAUUGAGCAGUGUAUUUUGAAGGAUAAAAUUUGUUAUUUACACACUGUCACUGCCAAAUCUUAAAAUUUGUCAGAUAACUUAUUCUAUUCAGUCUCAAAAAAUGGCUCCACAUGCUAGCAAAGAGCUAGAAGCAAGAAUUGUAACGAAAUUGGAAGAUGUUUGGUCAGUAUCUGCCAUAGCGAACCAUUUUAACGUAAGCAGAACAACAGAUUUAAAACAAUUCUUACUUUAAUAUAUUGUUGAGUUAAGUCGUUUAUUUUAUUCCUUAAUAAUAUUAAAAAUAAUAACAACAACCCUAUUUUAUGUAAAAACUGUCAUUUAUUAUACUCUUUAUAAAAUGCAGGAAUUCAAAAUAAUAUCAAAAUUUAGACCUUAAUAAUUAUUUCAAUUUAUGAAUUAACAUAUGUAAUCAGCUGUUUGUUGUUUGUUUGUUUAUUUUAUUAUUUGUCUGUCAUAAUAAAUAUAAUAUAAUGUCAGACCAAUCAAAAUUUGAUUGGUCGGUAUUUAAUACACUGCUCAAAAUGAUCAAAUCUUACUAAGAGUCGUAUCAGUUUUUUUAGGAACCAGCUGUACCUACCCAUUUGAUUUCAGAUUGAUUUAUAUCAAUUUCUGCUCUUAUUAUUGAAAAUUAAGAGUUAUCGCAAUGAUAAGAAUUGACCGUUAAAUUGAAACGAAUAUAUUCAUAUAAAUUUUAUUGAAUUUAAGUGACAUUAUAUUUUCCAUAAGAUGUGUGCGAUGUCCUUUCUUUCUGACAUUGCUUUGGUUAUUCCAUGUUGUGCGUAGUCUGGUCGUUUUCUGUUCUUCGGCGGAAUCCAUAUUAUUGUCUUUUUUGGAAGCCGUUCCUCUUCCAUUCGACUUCCGUGUCCUUCUUCUUUUUCUUUGGGUGCUGCAAACUAUGCAGCGUGUAGGCGUUCAUACUGGUUAUCGAAUGUACAGUACACUCUUCUUAGUAACGAGCAGUAAUUCAGUAGGUUUCCUGUUAUUUUUGUUUUCUUUAAACAAUAUAUUGACAAAAUCGCUCAACAAAAUUAAAGCGUAAUAUAAAUCCGGCUCGAAAGACCAUAAAAAUAUGGAAGUGAUUACCAAAAAUUUAGUUUUUUGAAGCAUACUUUAUUUCUCUACUGUCUAGUCUCAAAAUAUGAGCCAUACACGAUAUAACUUGUAAGCUGCAUUGUUGGUAUUAACCCGGGCACACUCCCGCUCUCUUCUGCCACGUAAGCAGUCGCGCUUUAGAUUAAAUCUUACAAUACAAAUUUAAAUACGAAUUUAAAACAAAUUUUUUAUUUUAUAAUAUUUUUAUUUACUUUUUAUUUUAAAAAUAUUUAUUUCUAAUAAUUUUAAAGCUAAUUGGUUCCCACCAAAGCGAUAAAUUCCAUAAAAAAAUAUCUACGGAUUACUACAAUCUUAGUACCUACUACAAGUUAUCACGGAAAAGGAUAAAAUGUUAGAUUAUUUCUAACGGGGCGACUGCUCCCGGGUUAAACUAUUACUUGUCAUUAGGCUGCCAGUAACUCUAAAAUCUAAAUGAAAAUAUGAAGUAUCCAUUAUUAUGUCUAUUGUCUGUUAAUUUAUAUUUAAACUCCGAUGGAAAUUAUUAAUUAUAAGAUUUUUACAAAAUUUACUAUUAAUUUUUUAAAUUAUAUUAGACCGUAGGAACUGCAAUACUUGUAUUGCAGGCUAAAACAUUGUAUUGGUGCCUUAAUGUUAUUAUGACACAAAACUUCCAAUUAUUAAAAUGCACCAAAACCAAUAUACACUCUAUAUGAAAUAUUUAUUCUGUUUUUAAUUUGAGUUGAACGUUUUAUAUAUCUAAUUUUGUAACAUAAGCAGUUUAGGAAGACCAUAAUUGUUUUGUGGUUUUUAUCGAACUAUAAAUAGAAAAUCUUACUCCCAAGAGCUUAUCUUAAGACAAAACGGUUUGUAACUUAUUGAUGCCUUUUUUUGUUGUGUUUUUCAACGAGUUUGGAACUUUUUCCUAAAGAUUUCUUACUACUACAUCGGUUUACAGCGUUCUCCGACGGCUUUCAACUCCUAACCGGCAUUCUUCUUUGUUUAACCAUAUACCUGGAGGAUUUUUCUUUCUUAUAGUUCUUUUUCGAUUCCCUCCCUCUAGUUUCUUCUCGGCCUUACUCUUUUCCUUCUCCUUUGUGGUGUCUACUUCAAAAUCUGUUUAGGGAUCCUGUCAUCUAACAUUCUCUGUACAUGGCCGUACCAUAUUAGGUGUUUUGUUUUUAUGUCAUUAUUCCGUUGGUGGGUGUGUUAACGGAAACAAUUAUAUAAAAUAAUAUUAAUUAAAACGCAAGCAAUUUUCAAUAAUAUACCUAGUCAUUUUUGGAUAAACAAGCGUGCUUCGUUUAUUAUCUCGUAAGGGUUUUGUUGUUGUUUUAGCGAGGGUGUGUCUGAACCGCGCGCCUGCUGUGUCGAUACUGCGAGACCACCACACUCUAUUAUGUCACCAUGCUUGCGGUUUUACAAUAUGGCUAGAAAGGCAAUAAAUUACUACAUCUGCGUUUUAAAAGAUGAGAACCUUUCUGUAUUUUAAGAAGUUACAUAAAGAGCGUGGCAAUCUGGCCUCGAAAUCUAUUAGUGUUUCCUUGAAAAAAAGAUUAAUUUUAUACAAUCUGCUUAGGGAUACAUUUCGUUUCUUAAACUUAACGGCCCUUGUAUAUUAAAUGAGAAUUUUAAAUGACUAAUGUUAUUUCGUUUUGAGAAAAGUUAUUAAAAAUUUAGCAAAAAUAGUAAUUAAAGCAUGUCGCUAUCAUUAAUUUAUAUCGUCAUCAUUAAUUUAUUGUGUGCGUGACUCCCAUCAUUUCUCGUAUUCUCUCAUUUGGUAUCCGAGCUCUUCUUGAUUUGCCUGCUGCUUUUCUCCAGAAGUCCAUUUCUGUUCCCAGUAACAUUUUCUCUGUUCUUUUUUGGUACCCUAAACUUUUUGUAUACAGUAGCUUUACACUCUCAUGGUUUAAAUGGUAAAAUGGCAUAGGUUGUACCGUACUUAUUUUAUUUAUUAACUGAUUUGCCUCGAUGUGCUCUUUUUUUCGAAUCUGUUUGGGAGUACCGCUUUAACUUUUAGCAGAUGAUGAUCGGUGCCACAUGAUGGCCCUCUGGCUACCCGCAGAUCUUGUAUUUUAAUUGUAGUUCUCUGUCUUCUCUGAAUUACAAAAUACUCCGCACAAUGCGGCACAAACCUUAUGGAAAUUAGGUCCCCGUGGAUUUAGUUCAUACUUUGGGAAUAUACCUCCUGAAGCAUCCUGAUAAAAAGUUCUCAUGGGCAAAUCUCGAUCGUAUGGAAGAUUUUCAAGAUAUAGAGGCACAAACUUGGAAAAUUAUAAGAUUUACCGGGUAUUCCAAUUCCCUGAGUUACUGGUUAUCUGGCAACAUGUAGAAGUAUGGAUUAAAUAAAACUACUAGUAGUCUAGAAUUUUUUCCUGGCUAUCCAAUGGCUACCUUUACUUUGACCUUGACCUUCAACGGACGUCAUCUUCUAGAGUUUCAAGGGUUUUCAGCAUUAAAUUGAUAUAAACAGAUGGGUUUUUGGGAUCGCUAAACACGAAUAUACCAUCAGAAUUGACCUCCAAAGGACGUGAUGGCCAGGGCCACUACAAGGGACAUCAUCUUCUAGAGUUUCGAUGGUUUUCGGCAUUUAAUUGAUGCAAAUGAAUUACUGAAGGGUUUUUUGAGGUCGCCAAACACUAAUAUGCCACCAGAACCGACUCCCGGGACACCUGGUUUCCAAGAUCAAUGAAAGGGGAUCCUGGAGUUUCGAGGGUCUUCGGUACUACAUUGAUGCAAUCGGAUUACUCAUAGGUUUUUGGAGUUGCUGACAGUGGCGGCUCGUAUAACUUUAGGAAGGUAGUGCCAGAAUCCGGGCAGCUGCCUAAAUUUUUUGUGGCGGUUUUACGAUAUGGUCAAAAAGGAUAUAAAAUAUAAAUAGAGUAUCACGAUAAGCUGAAUUUAAUUGGGUUUUUAUAUUUAACUUACCAAGCAUUGAAAAGCUAAAAACGUUAUUCAUGUGCACUUUAGAUUUUUCAUGGGAUUUCAAUUUCUCCCAUAUAUGUACAAGAUCAUCGGUGCCUUUGUUUGACCAAGUCUCGUCACCUCCAAACAAAACGCAUACAAAACAGAAGAGUUUAUUAGUUUGUUCGCAACCACACAACCAGCUAUUUUUAUCAUAAAUAAUUUUAUUAAACUUACGACAGCGAAGUUUUUGUCCAUUUCCACUUUGUUUUUCAAUUUUUAAAUCGGGUAAAGGCCGACCGAGUUCUUUAAUUUGUAGUUUUUUUUCUAACGAAAAACCACCAAAAGAGUUUUUUAAUAUACUAAUUUGAUUCAUUGUCAAUAAAUAAAUUAAACGUAGAAAAUAAUCAAAAUAUUAUUUUUAUACCUACGACACCCACGAUCACAACGCACUAACUAAUAAUUACAAAUUAAAAAAUAUAGUAGAGUAUAAACACAAAUAUACAAUACAGUAGUAGACAAUAAACACAAUAGCGUCAAGCGAACGCGUAAAGAAACUAGAAAUAUGUAGAUCUAAAACAUUGUAUCUUAAGAUCCACUAACUUCCUUUUCGAGAUUUCGAGCCUGGCACGGAGACUCCAAUUUAAACGUAUGUUAAAAGUGCAAUACCGCUCUCUCUCUGUCACUUACACAGGAUGCUCAUACAAUCUUUCUCUUUUCUCACGAGCCACUAUGCCGUUCGGCACUGGGAUUUUUAUGAUUUUCAUCCUUUAUCCGGUCAGCUGUGGGUGGCCAGAGUCGGUAGAUUUGCAUUGCGCUACACAGUUGCCAGAUUUGAUAUAAUUUAUAAAAAUAAAGAGAAAUAUUCACAAAAAAAUAAACAGGCAUUAAAAUGUUUUUAAGAUAAAAAAUAUGUUUCUGCAUAGUUAGCAAGGUAGUGCCAUGGCUCUAUGGCACUACCUCACGGGCCGCCACUGGUUGCUGAACACGAAUACCUCAUCAGAACAGACAUCGUAGUACCUGGUGCCUAAGACACGUUAUGCUUUGGAGAUUCGAGAGCUUUCGGUACUAAAUUAAUGUAAACUGAUUACUCACAGGUUUUUGGGACUGCUGAACGUGAAUACGCAAUCAGAUCCGACCCACGGAGCACCUGGUGCCUAAGGCAGGUCUUCUUCUGGAGUUUCGACAGGUUUCGGCAUUAAAUUGAUGCAGAUGGGUAUCCGGACACCGGGGUACCUAUUGCCUAAGGCAUCGUUUCCCAACCGGUGGGUCGCGGAAAGAUUUCAGGUGGGUCGUGGAAAGAUUUCAGGUGGGUCGUGGAGUGGCUCUGACAGUAGCUGAGUGACGUACAGAGUACAUAAUAACGUAUCAUCAUGAAUGAGGGAUGGGUCACGAAUAUGAAAAAACAUCAGAAAGUGGGUCGCCAGGCGGAAAAGGUUGGGAACCACUGGCCUAAGGCACGUCAUCUUCUGACGUUAGGAGAGUUUUCGGUACUAAAUUGAUGCAAGCGGAUUACUCUUGUGUUUUUGUGGUUGCUGAACACGAAUAUGACUUAGAUAAAAGACUCUGGAGUAUCUAGUGACCACGAUCAAUAACACUAUCAAAAUAGAAUAUAGUAAAUCGAUCUUACAAUAAAUAAAGGAAAAACAUUGCCAGAUAUAAAUUGAGUUUAUAUUUAUAAAUAAUUAAAACAAUUGAAGAGCACAACCUAGUUAUUUUAAUAAAAAUCUAAGCAAAAAACAACUUUUUACCAAUUUGUACGCUUUCUUUGAACAGCAACUCAGAAAACCUCCGAGUACUCGGUGAAACUAGAGUACCCAGAGUACUCAGAAAACUCGAAACUAUACAAGAUGAUGUGCCUUAGGCACCAGGUACUCCGAUGUCUGUUCUGAUGGGGUAUUCAUGUUCAGCAACUCCAAAAACCUAUGAGUAAUUCGUUUGCAGCAAUGUAGUACCGAAGACCCUCGAAACUCCUGGAGCCCCCUUCAUUGACUUUGGAAAGCAGGUGCUCCGGGAGUCUGUUCUGGUGGCAUAUUUGUGUUUAGCGACCUCAAAAAACUCUACAGUAAUUCAUUUGCAUCAAUUAAAUGCCGAAAACCAUCGAAACUCUAGAAGAUGACGUGACUUGCAGUGGCCCUGGCCACCACGUGCUCGAGAGGUCAAUUCUGAUGGCAUAUUCGUGUUUUGCGAUCCCAAAAAUCCAUGAGUAAUCUGUUUAUAUCAAUUUAAUGCCGAAAACCCUCGAAACUGUAGAAGAUGAUGUCCGUUGAAGGUCAAGGUCAAAGUAAAGGUCGCCAUUGGAUAGCCAGAAAAAAUCCUAGACUACUAGUACUUUUCUUUGAUCCAAACUGCUACAUGUUGCUAGAUGACCAGUAACUCAUUGAAUUGGAACAGGGGCGGCCCGUCAGUUACAAUUAUUAUGGUUUCAAGUUUAUUUUUCGGAUACAAUGAUAUGCAAAAAUGAUGUUGUAUCGCAGACUUAAAAUGCGUUUAUCUCGAAAACAGUUGAAGUUAGCGAGAUGAAUGUAGUAUACCUUUUUUAAGUAAAAAUAUUAAGAGAAUAAAAAUGUUGAUUCAAAAAGUACGUGGAGUGGGAGAUAAAAAUAAUUGAACGUAUUAAAUGAGCGCUGAAAGACGUAUGUAGCGCCCUCUGGGUAAUACAUCAUUUUUGGUGGAAAAUUUAGAUUUCUCAUCCCAAAAACCCCCGCCUACCAAAUUUCGUGCUGUUAUCCCAUGUCUGUCAGGAAAUAUUCAAGAAUAAAUACAAUAAAAGUUUAACUUUGACACCCUGUAUUUCGGUUAUUAUCAACUUUCGUACUAAGGUAAGUUAGCUUAAAUCGACCUAUUUUAACCUCAGGAAUGUAAGGUUAAGCUAUGGCAUGGUCCAUUAUUUACACCCUGUGCCUAUAUAGGUAUGUACAUAUUAUAUUAUACACUGUAUGUGUCGCCUACCCGUAUACUGAGGUCACGAGCCGCCACUGAAUUGGAAUACCCAGUAAAUCUUAUAAUUUUCCGAGUUUGUGCCUCCAUAUUUUGAAAAUCCUCCAUACGAUCGAGGUGUUGCCCAUGAGAACUUUUCAUCACAAUGCUUCACAGAGUAUUUUCCCAAAGUAUGAAUUAAAUCCACUGAGACCUAAUUUCCAUAAGGUUUGUACUUUAUCAAAAUUUGUAAUUCAGUGAUGCCUUUUUUAUUGUGUGUUUUUUAAAGAUUUUAGACGUUGUUCAUAAAGAUUUCUUACAUGUUUCCCUUGUUUUUUUUUUUCAAUUACCUUUGCCCAUCAAAUCUGCUUUGGAAUAUGACCUAAUAUAGAUCGUUUUAAAACCAAAUUUUCUACCUUGAUCGAUACUUCUUGACAUUUGCUGAUGGUCGUUUUAGUUUAUAAUAUUCGUGUGUGUAUUACAAGAAUAGAGACUAAAUUUUCUGUAUUACGCAUUUGGGCUCUCGCUAUCAGGUUAAUCGGAUUUGUAUUAAUCCGACUUUUACCGCAAUCGUUUGAAUAUGUAAUACGGUAAUCUUCGUAAAAUCACUUAAUCGAUUUUACGUAGUAACAAGUCUUUUACUCAACACGUACACACGCACACACAUACUGUGGUUACUCACAUCAAUCUGCCACUGAUUUUUAGGAUGACCACAUGAAUGGUCAUUUGGACUGAUCUUCUUGUACGCUUUUUAUUUACUUACAUCUGGUUAAAAAUUCGAACAAGCCUUUUACACUGCUAUCUUGUCUAUUUGUUACAAUUCUUGUUUUCUUAUCCUGUAUUUUUUUUCAUAUUUUUUGUAUAUGUAUGUUUAUUGAUUUAAUAAUAAAUAUUUUAAAUACACUCGCGAUCAUAAAAAGCGGGUCACUCGAUGAGUUAUUCAAGUUAGAUGUCUCGAAUUUUCUAAAUCUGUUGUCCAAUUUGAGUGAUUUUUUAGUAUGUUAUAGCCUUAUUCUUUAGCAAUAUCGCUAUAAUAAUAUUGUUGCUAGACCGGUAAAUUGUCAUUGUAUACCGGGUGUAACAAUCAUACUGUGUUUAUUCCUAAAAGUUCGGAACACCCUGUGGAAUGUUUUAGCAUAAAUAAAAUAUUGAAAUUAAAACUAAAUUGUAGCCUUACGCUCUCUUAACAUUUUCUUUUUUGAUUUAUUUGUUUAUGUUGGAUAAUAAAAAAAGUAAGCACGUUAAUAACUAGCCAUGUGUCUUCAUCAAUACAUGGUGUUUUUAAAUAAGUGCGACAAACUUUAAGGGGUAAUUCUGUAUGAAAAAAUAAUGACAGUUUGCUUUAUAAACGUAAUGCUUCGUUUCCGAGAUACGGGAUGUUAAAAUUUUCCUUACAAACUGACGAUUUAUUUAUUGCUCUAAAACCAAUAGAGAUAUGCAAAUGAAAUUUGGUAGGUUUGAAGAGGCAGUUAUUGUGGAUUUUUUGACAUAAAAUUAAUAAUUCUAUAUUCACCAUUGGCGUACAUACGGGUAUAAACAUUUUAGAUACAUCCCGUAUGCACGCCAAUGGUGAAUAUAAAAUUCUUAAUUGUAUGUCAAAAAUGCGCCAUAACUACCUCUUAACAUCUACCAAAUUUCAUUUGCAUAUCUCAACCGGUUUUAGAGCAAUAAAUAAAUCGUCAGUUUGUAAGAAAAAAAUCAACAUCCCGUAUCUCGAAACCGAAGAAUUUACGGUCAUAUGUUUAUAAAGCAAACGGUCAUUAUUUUUUCAUGCAGAAUUGCCCCUUAAAGUUUCUCGCACUUAUUUAGAAACACCCUGUAUUGAUGAAAAACAUGGUUAGUUGUUAAGGUGCCUAACUUUUUUAUUAUCCAACAUAAACAAAUAAAUCAAACAAGAAAAUGUUAAGAAAGCCUAAGGCUACAAUCGAGUUUUAAUUUCAAUAUUGUAUAUAUGCUAAAACAUUCCACGGGGUGUUUCGAACUUUGAGGAAUAAACACAGUAUGAUUGUUACACCCGGUAUACAAUGAUAAUUUACCUGUCUAGCAACAAUAUUAUGGCGAUAUUGUUAAAGAAUAAGGCUAUAACAUACUAAAAAAAUCACUCAAAUCGGACAGCAGGUUUAGAAAAUUCGAAGAAAUCUAACUUGAAUAACUCAUCGAGUGACCCGCUUUUUAUGAUCGCGAGUGUAUUUCAUGGUUAUACAACAUAAUUUUAACGUUUUAUUAAAUCCUAGAAACACAAACUUUUGUCUUAGGUACAAGCUCCACCCUGAAAUAAAAAAAAUUAGAUUUUUCAUUGGAAAAAACAAAAAGCUUAGCUUUUUUAAUUGUAAAAAUAUACAACAACUUAGACAACAUUUUUUAAUAGUAAUGUUUAUGAUUUUUUACUAAUGGUAUAUUGUAAAUAAAUAUGUUUAUUGUUGAUUGGAUAUUUAGAAAAUCCUAAUAUUAUAUUUUUAUACCAGCGGUUUAGGUGUCAAAUAAAUACGUAUAUGAUGUGUGAGGGGUAAUAAUUAGCAUAAAAACGUUAAUGACUUAUAGAAAAAGUUUAAUUUUUUAUAUAGUUGUAUUUGCACUUUAUGAAAAAAAAUGUGUCGACCAAAACGUGCCAACUGGUUUUUAAAUACACUUUUUGCAAUAUUUCUUUUGA